UCGCCGCGGCCAGUCCGGCGCCGCGUCGCACAGCAACAUGAGACCCGCAGCAGCAGCCGCCGCCAUCCUGCUCCUCGCCUUCGUCGGUGGGAGCGCGGCGCAGUCGCGCAAGAAGCCGACGACGGCGGCGCCCGCGGCGGAAGGCGAACUGGCGGACGAGUGCCCCGAGCCGAACGGCUACUUCGCAGACGCCUACCAGUGCGACAAGUACUACGACUGCCGCGACGGCGCCAUCACCGAGAAGCUCUGCCCCGACGGCAUGGUCUUCAACGACUACAGCCCCGAUCAGGAGAAGUGCGACCUGCCCUUCAACAUCGACUGUUCCAAAAGGCCGGAACUCCAAACGCCACAACCCAGUCUGCACUGCCCACGUAAGCACGGUUACUUCGCGCAUGAGGAGCCGAACGUGUGCGACAAGUUCUACUACUGCGUGGACGGCAAGUUCAACAUGAUCACCUGCCCUGACGGACUCGUCUACAACGAGCGCACCGGCAUCUGCACGUGGCCAGAUGAAGCCAAGAAGAAAGGCUGCUCCUCCCAGGACGUGUUCCAGUUCACAUGUCCAAAAGUGAACGAAUCGGAGGCGCAGCAACAUCCGCGCUACUCGGACCCGGAGGACUGCCAGUUCUUCUACGUCUGCAUCAACGGGGAGGUGCCCCGCCGCAAUGGCUGCAAGAUGGGGCAGGUCUUCAACGACGCCACGCGCAGCUGUGACUGGCCUAGGAACGUUCCCGAAUGUGCGGACUGGUACAAGGGCGUGCUGACAGACGAGGAGCUAUACGCGCUGGAGCACCCGAAACCUAAGGUGAAGUCGCAAUCGGCAUACAAAACGCGCAACGGAGGCCGGCAGCGCCCAGCGACAACGUCGCAAGAGGAGGACGCAGCCUAGUGGCCGCCGCGGGAACUACCGUCUCCCAAGUCUUCAUGCACCACAUGCACAAUGAGGGCAGCCUGCGUCCUGUAUGUGCCCCUCCUUCCAGCGAAUCCAUCCUAUUAGGUUAAGGUAGAAGACAGUGACAGCAGUGUUGGAAGUACUGCACUGGUCGUACGUUCCUUAAGUUUUACAAACUUACUCGUCUCGAUUUGCAUAUCUCAAAGCAAUCACAUCGAUUUUUACUGUCACUUGCAUUUGCUUCUUGUCAUUGAUUACACAGCUAUGCUGCUGAAAACACAAAUUAAAGCUUCUGGAAAUUCGAAACAUGUUCAAUAUUGCGCCUCAGAUGUCAUGUUAAAAGUAAUAAUCAUUAUAUUUAUAGCUUAUUUUACUAUCAAAUAGGCUAAGAGAUGCAUGUGAUUCAGCAUUGCAUUAUAAUCUUGUUUUCGAUAAAUAAAGCAUAUGCAAAUUUCCGAUGAAAA